AUGAAGUUCUUCUGCCCCGCCACUAUUGCCCUCGCUGCCACAGCUUCGAUUGCUCAAGCCACUUCAUUGUGUGGACCAAGUAACAACGAUAACGCUUUGAUUCAAAUUGGAUUGUUCAAAGUCUUACAUAACAAUUGGGAAAGUCCUGGUACUCAAUGUUCGGUUGUGGAUUACACUGCUGAUUACAGUAUCGGUUUCCACACGCGCUUGAACAUUCCUGAGACUACUUCAUAUGAAACGGACCAUUACCACUAUCCUUCGUCGCAUUACAAGACAUUUGCUGCUACUGAGGUGCAAGUCGAGGCAAAGGUCAUUGCGUCAAUUUCAAGCAUUUCGACUACUCUCAAUCAUAUUUACACUUCCGAUGGUUUGUUGGUCUCGAAUGUCGCCAUCAGUUUGUUCACUGGUUACCAGAGCAUCGAUGCAGCAAUUAUGAUAUGGACAGCUUUGUACGGCAAUUGUGAACCGGAAUCAACCACUGGCAAGCCCAUUAACACUCAGAUUUUGGUGAUUGCGGGCGUUUCCUUCGACUUGUACGAAGGAUAUUUGACAGACCACAAAGUGUAUUCAUUCGUCCCGAAAUCGUCGAUGAAUUACUACUCUGGUGACUUGAAGCUAUUCCUCAAUGUGCUUGUCGACCUUAAAUUGGUAUCCAACGACCAUAUCCUGCAGAAAGUGCAAGGUGAGGGUGUGAGCUAUAAACACCACCCGAUACCUUAUCCUUCUGCACGUGAAGCAUCAUCUUGCCACGGCGCUCACAAGGAUGUCCAGCCCAUAAAAAUUGGGUUAGACCCAGCUCAGCAAACCGGGUUCUCCCGUCUGCAAGCGCAAAUUACACCGAUUUUCGCUGACUAA